CAGAACGCCACUGCCGCUACCGGCCCCUGAAGGGCACAGCGUCGGGCCGCGGACGCGUGGCGAGCAGCGCCGUCCGGUUCUGCGCAGCCGCCGGCGGGCGGGGCCCGAGCGGGUCCGGGGCGGGGACAGCGAGGCCGCGCCGGCCGCUGCCUUCCGCUGCCUUCCGCUGCCUUCCGCUUUGCCUCUUCCUGUACGUGCCGUGAACAUGGGGACACCGCAAAAAGAUGUUGUAAUAAAACCCGAUGCCCCAAGCACAUUACUUUCAGAAAAACAUGCGGACUAUAUAGCUUCAUAUGGAACAAAGAAAGAUGAUUAUGAAUACUGUAUGUCAGAGUAUUUGAGGAUGAGUGGUGUGUACUGGGGACUGACAGCAAUGGAUCUCAUGGGGCAGCUGCACCGAAUGAACAAAGAAGAAAUUCUGUCAUUCAUUAAAUCGUGUCAACAUGAAUGUGGUGGAAUAAGUGCCAGCAUAGGCCAUGAUCCUCAUCUUCUGUAUACCCUCAGUGCUGUCCAGAUUCUUAUCUUAUAUGAUAGUCUCCAUGUAGUUGAUGUAAAUAAAAUUGUUGAAUAUAUACAGAGCUUGCAAAAAGAAGACGGAUCAUUUGCUGGAGACGAAUGGGGAGAAAUAGAUACAAGGUUCUCUUUCUGCGCUGCAGCAACUCUUGCACUUCUGGGAAAGCUGGAUGCUAUUGAUGUGGGAAAAGCAGUAGAAUUCGUUUUGUCCUGUAUGAACUUUGAUGGAGGAUUUGGUUGUAGACCCGGUUCUGAAUCACAUGCAGGACAGAUCUAUUGUUGCACAGGAUUUCUGGCUAUAACAGACCAGCUGCAUCAAGUAAAUGUUGACUUGCUGGGUUGGUGGCUUUGUGAACGUCAGUUACCUUCUGGAGGUCUCAAUGGACGACCAGAGAAGUUACCUGACGUAUGUUAUUCGUGGUGGGUGCUUGCUUCUUUGAAGAUGAUUGGUAGGAUACAGUGGAUUGACAGAGAGAAACUGCGCUGCUUUAUUUUGGCUUGCCAGGAUGAGGAGACUGGAGGGUUUGCUGACAGACCAGGAGAUAUGGUUGAUCCAUUUCACACCUUAUUUGGAAUUGCUGGACUAUCUUUACUAGGAGAAGAACAAAUUAAGGCCGUCAAUCCUGUCUUUUGUAUGCCAGAAGAUGUCCUUCGAAGAAUAAAUGUACAGCCUGAGCUUGUAAGCUAAGCCUUGUGGAGACAAAAGGUUUACAUGACCAGUUGCUUUGGUUUUACUGAUUUAUAAUCUCAUCUGUGAAACUGUCAGCAUAUUCUUCUUUCAGAUGUGUUUACAUUAUGGAAGUAAAGCAAUUGCUUUGCUGUGGACUUUGUCAGUUUAUAAAUUGUAUCAGAACAGGCUGGUUCUCCUGACCUGAGUGUAACAUGUUCUUUGGUUGUAUUCUAAGAUACCUAGAAACAUUUCUAAUCUGUAUCUAAAUGUGUGGGCCUUGGCGCUUUUUUUUUUUUUUUUUAAUAUAAUAUUCAAAUUAAAGUUUGACUGUGUGAAUGCUUAACUUUUCUUUUCCUGCAAUAUCAGCCAUGCCAGUACUGGCCUUCACACAGGCCUCUUUUGAUGGUAGAUCAUGCAAAGCACUUUAAAAGAAUAGUAAAAAAAAUAACAAAAAAACCCAAAAAAACAACAACCAACAAAAUUUUACCUAAGCCAUGCACUUAAAUACCACACACUUAAGUAUUUAUUAAGUUUGCCAUCACUUUUCUAUAUUGAGAAACAGCUGCUUCUUCUCACGGUAAUUGAUACCAGUAAAACCACAAUUAUGAUUCUUCUAAAUAUGUGAAUGUCUUCAUUUAUUGAUGAGUCCCGUAGACAAAAUUCCACUGAUACUUGAAAUACAGCAUACCUUGAGUAUGUAUAGUGCAACUUGCUAACAUUAAACAUUCUAGAGAAGGUCCCUGUAGGACAGUGACUUGUAAUUGAAUUUAAAGUUGAUUCUAAAUUUCUUGCUGGGUUGAAAUCCUGCUUUUGUAGCUUUUAAGACACUAAUUGUCAAUGCUCAAUUAUGGUGUAAUUGAAAAUAAAAAUAGCUGUGGAAAAUA